AUGGAAUACAGAAAGUCUGAUGCGUGCCUAAUGAAACUAAAAUACAUGGAGUUGAAAAAAUACUUGAAAGAAAUAGAGGAACGACAAAAAGGAGCUCUUCUGCGAAACCAGGCAUUUUUAAAGGAAUUCAACCAGUUUGAAGCUCAUAUGAAAACUUCAAGUUCAGAGAUGAUUCAGAAGAUGGAAGCAUGGUAUGGAAGAGAAAUUAAAAGUGCGUUAUCACUUCAAGAGGGUAACUCGUCAGCAGAAGGUGACAAGGAGGGAGCAUACGACGAGCAGAUGCCACGGGUUGGAAGACGGGCAGGAAUUAGCAGCGGGGCAGCCAUGCCAAGGGGACUGUAUCAUCCAGCAACAGUCUUUAUGGGUCACCACACAUCAGCAGUCUCGGCUGCUGGAAGUUUGGGCACGCAGCAGAAACCCCCCCAGCCCACAGAGAGCCGCUCGGCACCCAGCCUGCCUUCACGCUCCCCAUCACUUGAAGGACUUGGUCCAGAGAGCAGAAGCGCUGAUUUAGAGAGCGAGGCAUCAGUGGAGGGAGCAGCGAGACGUGGGGACCUGGCAGCCAGUGAGGAAGGCUCCGAGCAGCUCAUCUCCUCAGCAUCUGAUCCCGAACCGGCCGGCCCUGAGGAGGAACGGCCAUGGGGAAGCGUCCCAGGACCAAAGCCUCGCCUGAGUGACUGGUGGACUUGCAAGGAGGCGAGCUGGCAGAGCAGCGCUGAGCUCCCAGUGCCCGCGAGCGCCGAGGAGGUGAUGCCGAGCGCUCCCGGCGUGCCGCGGG